AUGACACCACAACAUAUUCUUGCACUAACAAGCAACAGUAUAUUAGGGUUAUUAUGGCGUGUAAUUUGUAAACAAAGAAAGGAUCAUCGUACAGAUCAACUAACAACAGCGUUAUCACAAUUAUUAAAUACAAUGAGUAUGAAUCCAUUACUGUCAACAGAUGCAACUAUAAUUCGAGCAUGGAUUGAAAAAAGUUACAAUUCUAAAGAAGAAAUUAUGGUUAGAUUUGCUGAAAUUAAAGAACAUACACCAGCUAUUGUAUUAACAUUAGAUAAGAUAAUUGCUCGAAGUGAACUAUUGGGAAUUACUAGAUCAUGUAAUCCAGAUGUACUACGAAAAGUCAUGAAAUUAUUAAAUCAUCUAACAGUUGUGGCAAAUGAAUCAAAUUUACCAGAAAACUAUUUACCAUUAAAUCUCAAUGAUAGCGAAAUAUUUGAAUUAUUACCGCAUCUUUUAGCAGAAGGUCUUAAAUUUUCAUUACGUCCAGCUGCAAUUAUGGCUAUGUUAUGUGUAUUAUCAAAGAAUGCCAUAUUACAAGAACGAGCUACAAGAUUUUUAACAGAAAUAAAAGGCAAAUGGAUUGAUUUUGAAUUUCCAGAAAAUAAUAGUUAUGAAUUUAGUAAAAUCUGCGUUAAAUUACCCGAAUUUUUAACUAAUGAUGAAAAUUUACAAAUAAAAAAAUUACAUGUUUUAGGUGGAUUAAAAAUAAAUGCUGAUACACAUAUAACUCUUCAGCAACCAUUCAGUCCACAAGUGGAAGAAAUUCAUCAUGAUACAAAAAUUCAAUGCAAAUCAUGUAAUAUUCUUCGAUCGACUACACUGUUUCCAGAUGUUGGCAAAAGUUGUUGUGCAUUAUGUUUGCCAUGUUAUAACCUAAAAAAUAAACCUGAACCAUGCGGAAAUGAUUCUUCACAUUUAGCAGAAUGUUCAAUAUGUAAUUGUUUAUAUGCCGUAGUUCAAUAUGAGAAGUUGAUGUCUUCAAAACGCAAAUGUCAUUAUUGUCGAAAUGAAUCAAGAGUAGCACCAUAUCGCCGUUGUACCAGUUGUCAAAAUAAAUAUGUUCAUUAUGAUUCAACUGAACCAAAACCAAAUCCUGGAGAAGAAUACACAUUUGUUUGUGCUGAAUGUCAACAUACAACAACUAGUAAAACUAUUGUGAAUGUUGAAAUUGAUAUUAGUACAUUAAUGAAUCAAAAUAAAGAACAGUUAUACAAAUAUUUAAAAAUCAAGGUUAAAGAUGAUAUAAAUAUCUUUUCUACGAACCUUUCAUUAUUUAAAUUAAAAGAUAGAAUUGAAUUAGAACCUACAGAAGACAUGAAUGUAUCAUCAGUACCAUUGAUUAAUUGUCGAAAACCAAUAUUAAACCCUAAAAUUGUGUAUGAUCAAAUCAUGGGAUGGAUACAAAGUGGUGAAUCCGAACGCGUUACUUGUUAUAUCUGUUGUAGCGAUGUGCGACGUGCUCAAAUGGAUAAUUCAUGUGGUAAUAAAUUAUGUCGUGCUGAAACAUGUAUUGAAUGUUUAACAAAUUGGUAUCAAACUGUAAAACCGGGUAGCAUUGUUUUAGUUGCAAACUUACUAUGUCCAUUUUGUAAACAAGCACCACGUGCAAAAAUUCUUAAAAAGUAUAAUGAGCAAGCAUGCACUAUAUUAAGAGCUGAUAAAAAAGAUGAUAUUGAUGAACAUUGGUAUUACGGGUGGUGUCUUGAAUGUUAUAAAGUUAAAAAGGCGCAACAAAAAAUCUGUAGUGCAGAUGGUGAAAUUCCGGUGUUAAAAGAUUUUGUCUGUGAUGAUUGUAUUGAUAGUCGUAAAAUUCCUGUAACUUUUAAUGUUAAAUAUUGUCCAGGUUUAGAUAAAACUACAAAUGAAAUUUGUGGCGUAGCAACAAGUAAAAACGGUGGUUGCAAUCAUAUUACAUGUACAGCAUGUUAUUCACAUUGGUGUUGGUUAUGUGUAAAACCAUAUGGUAAUUUUAUUUAUGAACAUCUUAUGCAAACACAUGGUAAUUAUGGUUUUGAAGCUAGUGAUGAUGAAUUUUACUAUUACUAA